AUGGGCGUCUACCCCUUCAUGUUCGGCACCGCCUCCGACUUCCAGCCCGUCGUCGACGCCCUCAUCUCCAAAAACUUCAAAGAACCAUACAACUGGGACGAGUACGCGCAAAUGUACUUCCCCCGGGCACGAGAACUAGCCAAGAUCGCCGAGGAGGCCGAAGCCAACGGCGAGAAGGCGAAAGCCAGCGAAUACUACCUCCGCAGCAGCGCAGUGUGGCGCAUCUCCCGCUUCCCCGCCCCACGGUCCGAACAGCAGAAGUUUGCGUGGCAGGAAGGGAAGAAGGUCUUCUACAAAGGCGCAGCCCUCAUGGAGUACCCGAUCCGCGAAGUCCUCAUCCCGCACGCCCACGGCCUCGAGAACGAAGGCAAGCACGUCCCCGCAAACUUCCUCCUCCCGCCCACCGCCUCCGCCGAGUCUCCGGUGCCUCUACUCUCCAUCAUCACGGGACUCGACCGGCUACCGCACGAGCUCGCCGUCUGGCAGCGCGGCUUCCUCGACGCCGGCAUCGCGACCUUGAUCGCUGAGAUCCCGGGGACAGGCGACUCGCCCGCCGACCCGCGCGACCCGACAUCGCCUGACCGCCAGUAUUCGAGCGUGCUGGACUGGGUUGCCUCGCAAAAGGAGGUGGAUAGCAAGAAGGUCGUCGUUUGGGGGUUUUCUACCGGCGGGUACUAUGCGUUGCGGGUAGCGCACACCCACGCCGACAGGCUACUGGCAAGUGUGAGUCUAGGCGGGGGCUGCCACCACAUGUUCGACGCCUCCUGGCUACGUCAAGUCAACAAGCUCGAAUACCCCUUCGACCUCGCCAACACCCUGACCUACAAAUUCGGCUAUCCCGAUCUGGAAUCCUUCAUCGCUGAGUCCUCGAAAUUCUCCCUCCUCAAUGAUGGAACACUGGCGAAGCCAUGCACGAAAAUGCUGCUGGUGAACGGCAACGACGAUGAGAUCUUCCCAAUAGACGACAUGUUUGUAGCGUUGGAGAACGGGAUGCCCAAGCUGGCGCGGAUGGUCAAGGGCAAGAAGCAUAUGGGGGAGCCGGAUAGCUUUUUUAUUAUUCUGAAGUGGAUUUAUGGGCUGUUGGGGGUGAAGAGGGAUAUUAUGGAGCAUAUGAAGACGCUGCCUUUUAAGCCGAAGUACUGA